AUGCCCACAAAAACUAGCAAAAGAACCUCCCUGCCGGAGAAGACAUCCACGCCUCAAAUUAUCGCAAGCAUCACAAACAACACCGAGCUCCCAUCGCUCAACCCAACCAACAUAACCCCUCAAAUAUUCCAUAGCCUCCUCAAUCUCUACCCCCAGACCGUGACCGCAGUCCACAACCGCAAAAAUACCUUGAAACUCCAACCGAAACCUAAAACUACAAAGCGCAAAGCUGAAGACCUGGAAAGGGCACAAUCUGAACGAACCCCUUCCCUCGAAGACACCGUCCGCUCUGAAACGGAGAAAUUCCUAGAACUGGAUACUUGGCGCUAUGAAGGAAUGCCUCAGAUCCUUUCUGAACGAAAGUCCAAGUCAGAUGGACGGGAGGGAUAUGUGGAUAAAGUAGAGCUGAUUCGGAUCAUGGAGUGGAAGUUGUGCGUCCCCUCCCCCCUUGCCUUGAGUAUGGAAUUGGAUCCUGGAUUGCAUACUAAGAAUCAUAGAAAACACGGCCAUUUCCGACCCACAUUGAUGAGCAUGAUCAAAUCGAAUGCGGAGAAGCUAGUACUAGAGUGUACUUCUUCUGCGAUCUCACUUCUCCCUGGUCCCAAUUCUACUCCUAGCACAGAGUCUGAAGGAGAUGUAUUUCCGAAAGAGAGCCUUGAUGCGCUUACUCGAUUGAGGGGUGUUGGGGUUGCGACUGCUUCAUUGGUUUUAUCUAUCGCUACAGCUGCUUCUGCAGAUGCCGAUGAGGUGCCAUUCUACAGUGAUGAUACGUUCCGUUGGCUUUGCGCGGCAUGUUAUCCUGGGAGUGAGGAUGUGGCGAGGAAGUAUUUGAAGCCGAAUGGGGAUCUGGGGGUAAAGUAUAAUGUUAAUGAGUAUCGAUUGUUGUGGGAUAAGAUGGGGGAGUUGAGGGGGGAGGUUGAAUGGGAUGGGUGA